AUCUUUGUCGGAAAACAUAAACACCAGCAGCGAGCCGCGUUGGCGUCUGGGUGGACCGCCGCGGGCUUCACAGGCAGCUGUCUCCCGCCGCGGUGGUCUGAACGCAAACCGAAGAUGACGGCAGGCUUCCUGGUCACCUGAGAGACCGUCCGUGUCCGCAGGUGAGACGGGCUCGCGGUUUCCAAGCCGGCUGGCGUCACGAUAGGUUUUUAAAUGAGAGAUGGGGGUCCUGUGUGGAGUUCCUCACCGGGAGGGAGCAGAGGUGUGAAGGGGGGGCAGCAGAGGGGCCUUGCUGCCUGGUAGACCUGAGGGACAUGGACCAGGACUACGAGAGACGGCUGCUGAGGCAGAUCAACCACCAGAACCUGCCUGCAGAGAGCCGCCUCAGCAAGGAGAACUGCCGCUCCCCGGCUCAGAACCACAAAGCAAAAGAUGCCAGCUCAGAUUCAAGCAAAGACGCCGUGGCGUACGCUGCCCUGCUGAGGAACGAGCUGCUGGGAGCGGGGAUGGAGAUGGGGGCGGAGCCUCACUCCGACGACCGGCGGCACGCGGCCCUCGCUCAAGACUCCCGUGGCCUUUUCAGGUACACUGUCCACACUAAGAGCGUGCCUUUUGAUAGUGAUAAUGAAGUUUCUCCGUACUCUCUCUCUCCACUCAGCAACAAGAGUCACAAGCUGCUCCGCUCACCCCGCAAACCAGCACGGAAGAUCUCCAAGAUCCCCUUCAAAGUGCUGGAUGCUCCGGAGCUGCAGGAUGAUUUCUACCUCAACCUGGUGGACUGGUCUGCGGGGAACCUGCUCAGUGUCGGCCUGGGAGCCUGCGUGUACCUGUGGAGUGCCUGUACCAGCCAGGUGACGAGGUUAUGUGAUCUGUCAGUGGAUGGAGACUCUGUUACGUCUGUCUGUUGGAACGAGAGGGGAAGUCUGGUCGCCGUUGGAACCCACAAAGGCUACGUUCAGAUCUGGGACGCAGCAGGAGGGAGGAAGCUGACCUGUCUGGAAGGACACUCAGCCCGAGUAGGCGCUCUGGCGUGGAACGGGGAGCAGCUGUCGUCUGGGAGCCGGGACAGAGUCAUCCUGCAGCGAGACGUCAGAACGCCCCCCUGUGCUGAGAGGCGGCUCCAAGGUCACAGGCAGGAAGUGUGCGGUCUCAAAUGGUCUCCGGACCACCAGCACCUCGCCUCUGGAGGCAACGACAACAAGUUGUUGGUGUGGAACAGCUCCAGCCUGGUCCCCGUGCAGCAGUACAGUGACCACCUGGCAGCGGUGAAGGCCAUCGCCUGGUCCCCUCACCAGCACGGGCUGCUGGCUUCGGGCGGCGGCACCGCCGACCGCUGCCUGCGCUUCUGGAACACGCUGACGGGUCAGGCCCUGCAGAGCACCGACACCGGCUCUCAGGUCUGCAACCUGGCUUGGUCCAAACACGCCAACGAGCUGGUCAGCACUCACGGCUACUCUCAGAACCAGAUCCUGGUGUGGAAGUAUCCAUCGUUAACACAAGUGGCCAAGCUGACGGGACAUUCCUACAGAGUCUUGUACCUGGCUGUGUCUCCAGACGGAGAGGCCAUUGUUACCGGAGCUGGAGAUGAGACGCUCCGUUUCUGGAGCAUCUUCAGUAAGACGCGCUGCACAAAGGAAUCAAAGUCCGUGCUGAACCUCUUCACCAGGAUCCGGUAGUAAAACAGCCGGGGUCAGGACCGCUCAGCAGGACCCCGGUCUUCUCCGUGACGCCCCCUCCCUCCUCCUCCCACCCUGAGAGCACCGACCUCCUCACAGAUGGUCCUUUUCACCACAGGAUGGAGCUGUAACUUCUCCUGACUACUGCCAUCCUUCAAACACGUCACUGAUUAAAAACAAAACAAAGCCACAAAACGUCAGCUUCAAACGUUGGUCUUCUCUUUUCUGUCGUGGAAGUGAUGGAGGUGAUGUGUUUUAGCCUGCGUGUCCAGGAGUUCUGAGCUUAAAGUACUGAUGUGAUUCUUUUUAAAGCCGCCGUUUGAGGCUUUGGAGCUUUUUAUAUUUAAAUCAUGUGUGUUUAUGGUUUCUUCUUGCAACAAAUCAGAGAACAAACAGCUGCUAGUGCAUCUGCAACAAAACAUUUGUUCAUGGAUGUUUUUGUCACUUAUUCUACAUUCAAGGCACUGUGACACUUUUCUCCUGUUUUCUUGAUUUUAGACUGACUAAAAAACAUUUUAUUAAAACAUGUUGGACAGAGACCCAGAUGACGUGGAAA